GAUCCCACAGGGCUUCCACUUUCUGCCUUUCACGCCUCAUCUUGUCAGCUGACUGUCUUGACUUAUCUUAUCUCCUGUGAUGUGACCGACUCAUGUGACGUGAUGGAAUAUUCCAGUCAGGUGACAGGAAGAAGGAUCGAUCCACACCCGACGGAUUGUAUAGUCGGGUGGUUAGACCACCAACCAAAUUACCGUUUGUAUGCUUGGGUCCUAUGAAAUGGAUGUCUGUGCCAAAACAAGCUUCCAGCCAGAAAUGGGAUCUGCAUUAGUUUAAUUCCAUGAGGUCCAUGUUUUGUCUCA